UUUUAUUUACGUAGGUAAAUAAUGUUUUGAUAAAAUAAAACUUGAUGGAAUGAAAUAACUUUUAACAUUUUAAAACAAUUUUCAUUAAAUAUCUUAAGAGAAUAUAAGUAUUAAAGAAAAUGGAAGCAUUGUAUCAUCAGACGAGUCAACUUAUCCAAGAGACUUCCGAUUUAUUCCUUAAAUUGGAAAACGACCCAGACCGAUGUCAAGAAACUGAAGAUGCAAUUCAGACAAAAAUUAAUGCAAUAAGUUCAAAUUGUGAGAAGUUGGAUAUUUAUGUAUAUAAAACACCAAUAAAUCAAAGACCAAUGGCAAAAAUGAGAGUAGACCAGUUAAAAUAUGACAAUAAACAUAUACAGGCUGCAUUAACAAAUUCGCAAAAUAAGAGGAAAAGGAGGGAGCAGGAACGUUUAGACCGGGAACAAUUGUUAAGCAGAAGGUUUGGCCACGAUCAUACAGAAAUUAAUGUGGAUUUCUUGGCACAGGAGAGAAACUCUUUGCACAAUUCUCAUAGGAAUGUUGAUGACAUGCUACAUACUGGAUCCAGCAUUCUGGAUACGCUUAAGAGCAACAGGGAAACCCUAAAGGGAGCUCACAGGCGCCUGAUUGACCUAGCAAAUACUCUGGGUCUUUCGAAUGCUACUAUUUCUUUGAUAGAACGGCGAGUGGCGCAGGACAAGUACGUGUUGUUCGGCGGAAUGUUCGUGACUAUAACGGUAAUCGUCUUGGUAAUUAUUUACUUGACGUAGUAACUGUCAUCAAUAACUAAUGAUUUAUAUAAAUGAACUAUGUGCGCGUAUUUGACAAUAUUAUUAUAUAUAAAUAUGUAAAGGGCAGAUAAAUCGGAAUAACCUAAGACAAUAGAAAUCCUAUUAUUUUGCUUGAAACUAUAGGAAUGAUGUAUCGCCGUGUUGCAUGACAAUCAUCAGUUUUGAUGUCACCAGUAUUUAUCACUUCUAGUCUUAUAUUAUUCCGAAUUCUGUGGUAAGGGUUUAAAAAAUACAAGAUUUUUGUGCUGGCUAUUCUUACAUUGGCAUAGAGUUGCCAUAAUCUUUUGUUAUUUUUCACUUGACUUGUCCCCGUUUCAAACCUGCUGUUCAUUUAUAUUCCUGCAGCAACUUCUGUCCUAGCACAGCCUGCCUAGCACAUUGAUUGUGAUACGCAAAAGUGCUUAUUCCCUUGAUUUAAAAGACCUUAAGGGUAAGUACAUGGAGUAGGCCUAUUUAAAAGUGACAUUGGAAUGUCAAAAUAUUUUGUUCGCCCUUACGACCUAAAGUCGUCAAAAGCUUCAGACAAAGACAAGUGAAAAAUAACAAUAGAUUAUGGCAACCCUAUGCCAAUGUAAGUAUAGCCAGCACAAUGAUAUAUAUAAUAUAAUUGUAUGGAAUAUCUUCUUUUUCCUCCUGGGUAUAAUCUCGUUUAGAUCCUCACCUCUCUGGAGAGGAGCCCAGGGUAAGCCCCUUGAAAAUGGAACCUAGAUUGUGCGGACCAGGUUUUUACACGAAUAUUCUGAAUAAAAUAUAUUUGUAUUGUAACUAGCAUCUGACCUCCGUAUAUAUAUUUCUAUAAAAUAUCAACAGCUUAAAAUGGAUAAAGGUAUAGAAGUUUUUAUUUUUACCUGCUUCGUUUAUAAUGUGGUUUUUUCUUCGAAGCCCUAAUUUUUAUACUUAAAUUUGCUUUCCAUACUCAGAGGAACUUAAUAUUCCAUCCAAAUCUUUCCUCUUUUAUUUUUAAAUUCCGUUUCAAAUCACCCUAUGUAAAGUUACAUUCCUAUAAAUAUAAAGUUGCAAAAUAUUAAGCCUAAUUCAUGAAUAUGUGUAAAUUUUAUUGUAAAUAUUUUGUUAAAGUAUUUGUAUGUAAUAAAUCAUUUUGUAUGUGUU